GAACGGGAUGCGCCGAUCGUAUAUAAGCUACACUGGCCAACAGAUUGGCACAGUUGACAGCGGCUUCGGAAACCAUGAAGACUGUCUUGUUCCUAGCAGGGCUCGUCGCUCUGGCGAUGGGCGGCGCCGUCCCCCACCAUGAGCUCAAAACGAAGCCUGUUGAUGCUCAGUUCGUUGGCUACCAGAAGAAGAUUCUGUCGCUCUUGGAACACUCUCAACAACUAGACCUGCACUCUGAAUACUACAAAGUUGGCAAGGAUUACAAUGUUGAGGCUAACAUUGACAACUACACAAACAAGCAAGCUGUCCAACAGUUCCUCGAGUUGUACAGAACUGGAUUCCUGCCCAAGUUCCUCAAGUUUUCAAUCUUCUAUGAGAGGAUGAGGGAUGAAGCUAUUGCCCUAUUCCAUCUUAUGUACUACGCUAAGGACUUCGAAACCUUCUGGAAAACCGCCGCCUGGGCCAAGGUUUGGCUGAACGAGGAGCAGUUCUUAUAUGCGUACUACAUUGCUGUGGUCCAGAGGUCUGACUUGGAUGGUAUCGUUCUCCCAGCGCCUUACGAAGUUUACCCACAGUUCUUCUUGAACAAGAACAUUCUGACUAAGAUGUCCGUCAUCAAAAUGCAGAAUGGACUGUUCCAAUCUGAUUUUGCUGCUCAAUACGGCAUUGUCAAGGAAAGCGACUACUACGUGUACUAUGCCAACUACUCCAACGCGUUGACUUACCCCAACCAGGAACAAAAACUGUCAUACUUCACUGAAGAUAUAGGCUUGAACGCUUACUACUUCUACUUCCACUCACAAAUGCCCUUCUGGUGGAAGUCCGAGAAAUACAACCUAUUGAAAGAUCGUAUGGGUGAAAUUUUCUUCUACUACUACCAGCAACUUCUGGCCCGUUACUCCCUGGAGCGUCUUCCUCAUGGAUUAGGCGACAUUCCUGAAUUCUCCUGGUACUCUGAAUUCAAGACUGGUUACUACCCUCAAUUGUCUGCAAACUUCUUGCCCUUCGCUCAAAGGAGUAACAACUACAACAUCCACUCUGAGAAGAACUACGAAUACAUCCGUUUCCUGGACACCUAUGAAAAGACGUUCUUCCAAUUCUUGCAGAAGGGAGAAUUCAAGACCCCUGAGAAGGAAAUGAACUACGUCGGCAACUACUGGCACAUGAACUCAGACCUGUACUCCGAGAAGAGCAACAAGGACUUGCACCAGUACUCUUAUGAGAUCAUCGCCCGUCACGUGCUCGGCGGUAGCCCCAAGCCUUUUGACAAGUACUCAUUCAUGCCCACCGCCCUUGACUUCUACCAGACUUCUCUCCGUGACCCCGCCUUCUACCAGCUCUACCAGAGAAUCGUCGACUACCUCGUCGCCUACAAAGAAUACGUCAAACCUUACUCUCACAACGACCUUCACUUCGUCGGUGUUAAGAUUAAUGACGUGAAAGUCAGUGAAUUGGUGACUUACUUCGAUUACUUCGACUUUAACGCCACAAACAGCGUGUUCUACAGCCAGGAAGAGCUCAAAGCUUACCCAACAGAAUUCAUUGUUCGUCAACCUCGCCUGAACCACAAACCAUUCACUGUAUCUGUUGACUUGAAGUCUGAUGUAGCCUCUGAUGCUGUUGUCAAGAUCUUCAUUGGACCCAAAUACCACCCCAACGGAUACCCUAUCAACAUUGAAGAGGACUGGAUGAAAUUCUACGAACUGGACUGGUUCGUACAGAAGCUUGCCCCAGGAGAGAACAAGAUUGAGCGCAAGUCCAGCGAAUUUGCGUUCUUCAAGGAUGACUCUAUCCCGAUCAACGAGAUCUACCAGUGGUUAGACCAAGGCAAGGUUCCCUACGAUAUGUCUGUUGUGCCCGACAACAUGCCUAGGAGGCUGAUGCUACCGAAGGGUACCCCUGGUGGUUAUCCAUUCCAGCUGUUCGUGUUUGUGUAUCCAUUCAACGGAGUUAAGAAGGGAGAAGAUGUGUUCCAGAACUACCUUGCUGACAACAAGCCCUUCGGAUAUCCGUUCGACCGCCCCGUGCAGGAAGCUUACUACAGGCAACCCAACAUGUACUUCGAAGAUGUACAGAUCUACCACAAGGACGCGUAUUUACCUUACGAGAUGAACGUUCCCUCUUAUUUCAGCCAGAAGAAGCAGUAAAGUGAUAAAUAGUUCAUAAACUCGUUUAUAGAAUUAUUUCAUCAUAUUAAUGUAGAACAAAAUGUACAAAAGAUACGAGUAAAAGAGAAAUAUGUAUUUAAAUAAAUAUAUUAUAUAAUUAAAA